AUGGUUGCGGCAGUCGCCCUCGUCCUGGCUGUGCUGGCCAUCCAGCACGGGCUGAAGCCCGAUGCCCAGACAGAUGUGGCCACGGCCCAGCGGAUGCAGCAGCGUGAGGAGUAUCUGCGUCAGGAGAUGACUCGGCUGCUGCAGGAGGUUGAGCGGAGCAGGGGCGCGGAGGAAGCCACGCUCCUUUCUGUGUUGCAGCAGCGGCUGCUGUGGAUCGCUGCAGGAGCCCUGGUCCUGCUCGCUGAGGUCUGCUGGCUGGCCAGGGAAACGAAGCUUACCUGGGACAGCUGCAGCGAGCAGGACAGCUCCAGCAGCAAGGAGGAGGACGAUGAGGAGGAGGAAGACCUCAAUGGUGCACACAACGGCAUCAGGUCUUUGGCUGCAUCCACCCCAUCGCCGACUCAGGGCCUGCCCGACACGUGCAAGGUGCUGCAGGAGCUGGUGGGUGACCUCCUUGGUGUCUGCCGCGUGCUUUGCAAGAGGACUUUCAUGCCGCAGAUGCACCCGGCCAUUGGGAUGGACGGCACCUGUGAAGCCUGGAGCGUCCAGGAGAACAGCAUCGCCUACCGCCUGCUCGUGUUCCUGCGGCCACCCCCCGGGCACUCUUUCAGCCUGGAGCUGGGCACCACGGGGCAGCUGCCAGCAAGGCACUCCAGCAUCCGUGUGGUGCGGGAGUGCAUGUGCUCGAGGGAGCCGCUGCUGGGGGAUGUUCUGUGCUUUCUCCACCACCCCGACGGCACGCUGCCCAGGGACCAGAGCUCGGACCUCCUACGCACCCUCUGCACAGGCUCCUACUUGGACGUGGAGAAAAUCGCCUGCUGGGUCCAACUGUUGGUGAGAUCAGCCUGGCUGCUUCUGCCUCAGUCGCCCCACUGCCAGCUGACGGUGCUGCCCUCCUCCCACUCCUGCCGGUUCCAGCUGACAAGCACCUCCAAGAUGAACAUCUGCACGGAGAUGAUUUUUGCAGUGCAGCAAGGCAGCUCAGGCGCCUACCUGCGCCUUGAGUAG